AUGCCUCAGUCUUCGAGAGAACACAGGAUUUCGACACGCGACGGACAUGAAUCGCGUCAUCGCUCUUCACAUCAUGAAGGAGGCUCACGGCGCCACCGCGACAAGAGAUCUCUCUCGCCAGAUGGAAGCCCGCAGAGGUACUCGGACAGGGAGAGGGAGCCUCGAAGACCGCGCUCAUCUGAUGGAUACCAUGGCUCGUCGAGUCGUGCAAGCAAACAAACGAGCCAAGCGGCUGUAGAGCUGCCUUUUGGGGCCCGACAACUUUCAAAGGACGACCUGAGAGCGUUUGAAGCCCUCUUUGGCGAAUACCUGAGCUUACAGAAGCAGCGGUUCAUCGAGGACAUGGACGACCGGGAGAUUCGGGGUCGGUGGAAGAGCUUCGUGGGCAAGUGGAAUCGUGGAGAGCUGGCUGAGGGGUGGUACGAUCCCGAGAUGUUUCAGCGCAUCCUUGAGCGGGAUCCAUUACCCAAGAGACAGCCAGAGCAGCAGCAACAGCGGCAACAUUUAUCACAAGAUGAAUCGCUGGAAGGCGAGCAACUUGGCGGCGAUGGGAGCGAGGACGAGGACGAGGACUACGGGCCUGUGCUUCCCGGUGCAUCAACCAGCGGCCGCCGGGCUGGCGUUGGAAUUCCCAACAAGGAAGAUCUUGCUCUACGUGAUGAGCUUGCUGCGGAAUCGAGGGAGGCUGAUUGGGAAGAACUACGGGUCGCCCGUAAAGCCGACCGGAAGCUGCAAAAGGAGCGUCUCGAGGAAUUGGUCCCUCGCGCCGAGGCUGGGACCCGCGAGCGCAAGCUAGAGAAGCGGCAAGAAGUCAAUGACAAGAUGCGGCAGUUUCGAGAAAAGAGCCCUGGCGGGGAGGUGCGUGAUAGCGACCUGAUGGGAGGAGGCGACAGCUUGGAAGAGUACAAGAAGGAGAAGGAGAAGGAACAGAGGCGCAAGUCGGAGAGGGAGAUUCGGCGAGAAGAGAUUGAGAGGGCCAAGAGAGAGGAGAUUGCUGAGAAGAGGAGGGCGUGGCAGGAGAGGGAGGAUCAGACGGUGAGUAUGUUGAGAGAGCUGGCCAGACAGCGGUUUGGGCCGUAA